AUGCCACUUUCUACAAAUCCGGAGGUAGUAGAGACGAGCAAUGGUCUUGUGAGCACUCUUCGGGGUAUGGCUGGCAACGCGCCGCACAGCUUCAGACCUGCCCAUGCGAAAGGACAUCUCUUGACCGGAACCUUCACACCCAGCACCACAGCCCCAUCCCUUACAACAGCACCGCACUUCAACAACUCUUCCACACCGAUAACCGUGCGCUUCUCUUCCUCCACCGGCUUUCCCAAGAUUGCAGACACAGACCCCAAUGCCAAUCCGCGAGGCAUCGCAGUUCGAUUUCACCUGCCUCCUAAGGAAGACGGAACUCGGCAGCAUACCGAUAUCGUUGCUCACUCGACACCAUACUUCCCUACACGUACUGGUGCUGAGUUCCUGGAGUUUUUAAAGGCGGCAACAGGGCAGAACGCAGGAGAGGCAGUGCCCGAGUUUCUGGGCCGCCAUCCGGAGACGGCAAGGUUUUUACAAGCGGCGAAGCCUAGUCCUGAGAGUUUCGCGACAGAGAAGUUCUUUGGUGUAAAUGCCUUCAGGCUGGUUAAAGAGGGCAAUGCUACCGUAGUCAGGUACAGAAUUGUACCCGUUACUGGGGAGAAGCAUCUCGACAUUGAGGCGUUGAAGGAGAAAUCCGACACUUAUCUUUUCGAUGAGUUAACUCCACGUCUGCAGUCUGGAUCUAUUGGAUUCAAGCUACUGGCUCAGGUUGCGGAUGAGGGUGACGUAACUGACAAUGCGACUGAGAUCUGGCCUGAGGAGAGGAAAAUUAUCGAACUGGGUGAGAUUCAGAUCGAAAAAAUCAAGGACGACGAGGAGAGCGCGAAGGAGCAGAAGAGUAUCAUCUUUGAUCCUAUCCCGCGAGUAGAGGGAGUAGAGCCAAGUGAUGAUCCGUUGUUGGAGGUACGCGCCAGCGUUUAUCUGAUAUCUGGAAAGCAAAGAAGAGCUGCGGAGGAGCCGGAGAAGGCGGAUAGCGUGGUCGCAACGGAUGCUGCAGUGGCUGCAACAUAA